AUGGAAGAAUUUGCAACCGACAUUGCAAAAUCCCUUUUAGGGAAGUUAGGCUCUUCUGCAAUUAAAGAACUUUAUCUGGCAUGGGGACUUAAAGCUGAAAUUGCAAGUCUUGAAGAGAAAUUGUUAGCCAUCAAUGCAGUUUUAAUGGAUGCCGAGAAGAGACAGUCUCAGAACGAGAAGAUUCGGUUCUGGCUUCAGAAGCUCCAAGAAUUCAUGUAUGAUGCAGAGGACGCACUGGAUGGAUUUGAGUGCGAAGAUUUGAGAAGGCAAGUGGUGACAACAACAGGGAGCACUAGCAGGAAGCUACGCCGCUUCUUUUCAAGUUCUAACAAGCUAGCUUUCCGUUUUAAAAUGGGUCGUAAAAUAAAGGACCUCAACGACAGGCUAGCCGAGAUUGAAUCUCUGAAGUCUCUGCUUGGCCUUCCCGAGCAGACUAGUGAUCAUAGUUCAGUCUUGCCUGAGGAAAUAUCAGAGAUGAAACAAUCCUUUGAGAGCUUUUCCGGUCUUAUUGGAAGAGACAAAGACAGGGAAUGCAUCAUCAACCUCUUAGUAGAACCUUUCAAGGUUGAUGACGCUCAUCCCUUUGUUAUUCCAGUAGUUGGAAUGGGUGGUUUGGGGAAGACUGCUCUUGCCAAAUCGGUGUAUGAUGAUGGAAGUGUGGAUGCCUUUUUUGAGCUAAAGAUGCAGGCAUGUGUUUCAGAUGGAUUUGCUCUCAAACAAGUGAUGCAAAAGAUGAUCAAAUCUGCAACUGGGGAAAGAUUUAACGACUUGGAAGAGAUCGAAAUAAAAGCAAAACUAGAAGCGAUUUUGCAUGGUGCACUUGGAAGUAAGAUCAUAGUAACCACCAGAAGUAAACGUGUUGCACAGAUUAUGGGUUCUGCUGGCGCGCAUGAGUUAAGUCUUCUUGAUCAAAAGGAUUGUCUGUCUUUGUUUUACAAGUGUGCAUUUAAGGAAAGGCAGAAGGAGCAGCAUCCAAAUUUGAUAGAAAUUGGGAAAGAAAUAGUGGGCAAAUGCAAGCAAAUUCCUCUGGCAGUAACCAACUUGGGAACUCAACUUUAUGGUAUAACUGAUGAAAGUAGUGGAAAUUGGUAA